AUGGCGACGCCGGUGGUAAAGCUGAUGGCGCUCCCCGUGGAGGGGAAGAAGGACGAGAAGGUGGUCAGGUGGCUCAAGCACUACUCCUCCGCGCAGAGCAUUCUCAUCGUCGGCGACGGCGACUUCUCCUUCUCCCGUGCGCUCGCCACCGCCUUCGGCUCCGGCGCCAACCUCGUCGCCACGUCCCUAGACUCAUACGGGGCGUUGAUCUGCAAGCAUCACCAAGCCGAAUCAAACGUAAGAGAGCUGAAGAAAAUGGGGGCCACAGUUUUGCAUGACGUCGAUGUGAAUAAUAUGAAGCUUCAUACUUGUAUGAAGAUGAAACGGUUCGAUCGGAUUGUAUUCAAUUUCCCACAUGCAGGUUUCACUGGACAGGAGACCCAGCUGCAUGUGAUCAACUCACACAAGGAGCUGGUGAGGGUCUUUUUUCGGAAUGCAAGCAACUUGCUUUGUCCUGAUGGUGAAGUCCACGUCAGCCACAAGACUGGGCAGCCUUAUGACAGAUGGGAUAUCGAGCAAUUGGCAUCUGAAUAUUCACUUGUUAUGUUUGAGAAAGUUGGUUUUGCCAAAGGCGACUACCCUGGUUACAACCAGAAGAAAGGAGAUGGUCGCAAGUGCAAUCGAUCUUUCCCUCUGCGUAAUGGCUGCACUUUCAAGUUCCGCAUGGCGCGUAAAGAAUCUGAAGACGAAAGUGCGAUGUAUUGUCUUGUUGCUGCAAUGGCAAAGAUGAGCAUGGCUCGCGCUCACGAUAAUGUGACUAUGUAA